AUGCCCUCCUAUCAAUCGGUUCAGCAAAAAUAUGCCGAGGAACGUGACAAGUGCCUUGCAUCGUCAACAAUCGGCAAAUACAAUGAUAUCCGCCAACCAGGCCUUGAAGAUCUCGGCCAUGACUUGUUCGCCGACUACGAAGCCCUCGCGAGUAAAGAGCAACCGCUCAAAGACGGCUGCGAGGUCAAGUUUCUCUUUGGCGGUGCUGGACACAACGCAGUCUUCUUCGCCUACCAUCUGAUUCAGCGAGGCAUCAAACCAGAAGACAUGUGUCUGGUAGAUAUGGCGGGGGGUUUUGGUGGCACAUGGUAUUGGAAUCGGUAUCCAGGGCUGACCUGCGAUGUCGAGGGAUACAUCUACCUGCCCCUGCUGGAAGAGACUGGAUACAUGCCCCGACAAAAAUAUUCUUGUGGCCAUGAGAUUCGUGAGCAGAAUGAGCGUAUCGCUGCCCAGUUCGGCCUCCGAGGCAUGUUCUGCUCCCGCAUUGAGAGUGCAGACUGGGAUGAAGAUGCUGCAAGAUGGGUUGUUAGGCUUACGCAACAGCUCGGUCCAAACAAGCAGCCUGAGCAGCUGACUGUUAGAUGUCAGUUCUUUCUUCCCUGCGGUGGCUGGUUUAUCGCGCCCAAGGCUCCGGCCAUGCCUGGAUUCGAGGGAUUCAAGAAGAAUGUAAAGGUCUUUCACACUGCACGUUGGGACUACAACUACACUGGCGGUAACGAGUACAACCAGGAGCUUGUGCACCUAAAAGAAAAAAGAGUUGGAAUCAUUGGCACCGGUGCAACUGGUGUUGGUGUCAUUCCUGAGCUGGCAAAGUGGGCCAAGCAUCUUUACGUCUUUCAGCGGACGCCCUCGUAUUGUGGACCACGCCCUGACUCCCAGACGACGCCGGAAUCUUGGGCCAAGGUCGCAUGCAAACCAGGGUGGCAAUACGAGAGAUCCGAGAAUUACAACAGGUUCCUGACGAACGACUGUGCAGAGGUAGAUCUAGUCAAUGAUGGCUGGACUCACACGCGCGGCUUCUCAGGCGCCAGUGGGAGGCGGGUCGUCGUUACCGAAGAAAAUUUUGAGCAAAUCUUUGACGAGAUGAUGAAGGUGGAUGUAGUCCUGGCUGAGAAAGUGCGUGCACACAUUGCGAAGGAAGUGCGGAAUCCAGAAACAGCGGAAAAACUGACGCCUUGGUAUCCCGGCUGGUGCAAACGUCCUACUUUCCACAACACCUACCUGCAGACAUUUAACCGCGAUAAUGUCACGCUAGUGUACACUCCCGAGGGCGUCACUUCGUACACAGACAAAGCCGUUGUCGCCAACGGCGAAGAGUACGAGCUUGACUGCCUUGUUCUUGCCACAGGAUUCAGCUCUACUCUUCACAGCUUCAGGAGCCCAAUGGAGUCUUUAGACGUUUCCGUAACGGGCCGCAACGGCCGCUCUUUCACCAGCAAAUGGUCCGGGAAAGACUUUGGCACGCUGUUCGGCAUCGCCACGCAUGAUUUCCCCAACCUAUUUUUCUGCAGUGUGUCGGGCUCUUCCAUCAGCACUAACAGCAGCUCGCUGUUCUACAUGACUGGAAAUCUGCGCGCGCAUGUUAUAACAAAGGCAUUGCAGCAGGCUAAGAAUCCCGACAAGGUGAUUGUGGAGGCUGACAAGGAAGCCGAGGACAAGUGGACGGAUAUGUGCGAGGCCCGUUCUAUGUUCUACAAACUCGUUCGUACGUGCACGCCUGGCUACAUUGCGGCCUUGAAGGGGACAAAAGACACUGAUGCUGAACUGCGCUAUGCACCGUUCUCCGGGGGGAUCUUGGAAUACACGGAGCAAAUCAACAAGUGGAUAGAGACGAGCAAUCUGGAAGGGUUUACGAUUGAAUGA